AUACUGUGAUAAAGCCUUCAUCAUCUAUAUUAGGCGGAGUAUUUUCUUUCUCGUUUGUACCAGACUUUUGUAAAGCAAAGGUUCAAGCUGGAUCCUCUAUUGUUAGCUUAUCUCUUGGAGCUUUAUUAAACAAAAUUGCCUCUUUUGUAGGUAUCAUCAUUGUAUCAAGAUUAGCUAGGUUUUCAGUAUUUUCCUUGGGGUUUUCUUCCAAAUUUGAAACAGAAAAGUUUUCUUUUGGAAGUUUCUCUUGUACUUCAGUUAUUGUUGGUUCUUCCUGCUGUUAG